AUGACGGUAAUGACCAGUCCGCCAGCUCCACCGACACGAUCCUCCAGUGGGUUCAGUUUCUUGUCGAAGAUCAAAUCGCACAAGGAAAACAAAUACCUGUCUCCUUCUCCGCCCCCGGGGGUACAUCGAACUGGCAGUUAUGGCAGCAUCUACAACCAGCCCGCUCGGUCCUCACUCUUUUCGCUGCCCGCAAAGGAGGGAUCAGGGCUCAAAGCCCGUCGUCUGAGUGCCAGUCCUCUAGACGACUUUGUGGUGGACGAUGUCUGUCCCUUGGAGGACGAAUUCGUUUCGACCUCCAUAUUCGGCCGCCGAAAAGAGAUAGGGAAGGGAUCCAGCGCCACCGUCAGGAUCAUGGUGAGCAAAGUGGACAGGAAGUCUGACAAUGCUCGCCAUUAUGCCGUGAAAGAGUAUCGCAAGAGGUCUUUGCGGGAGACGGAAGAAGAAUACGUUCGGAAGGUCAAGUCAGAAUAUACCAUCGCCAAAUCGCUCAACCACCCCAACGUUGUGCAGACGGUACAGUUGUGCACCCACAAUGGCCGAUGGAACCAUGUGAUGGAAUACUGCCAACAAGGCGAGCUCUUUAGUCUGGUGGAGCGCAGAUACUUCAAGGCAGAAGACCGGAAUUGCAUUUUUAAGCAAGUACUCCGGGGCGUGGAUUACUUGCAUGAACAUGGCAUUGCGCACCGGGACAUCAAGCUGGAAAAUCUUCUCAUGACCGACGAAGGAUACAUUAAGAUCACCGAUUUUGGCGUGUCGGAGGUGUUUUGUGGCGACCAUCCGGGCAUACCGUCUUCACGAAGCCUUUGCGGGCAAGGAAUGAGAGAGCGUCGGAAAUCGAGCCCGGGCAUCUGUGGAUCGAAACCAUACAUCUCGCCCGAAGUCCUGGCUCAGGAUCGAGAAUAUGAUCCAACCAAAUUGGACGUGUGGGCUUGUGGGAUUCUCUUCAUGACCAUCUUUCUGGCGGGAAAUCCCUGGCCGAGUGCGACCCAGAGCGAGGUGAAUUACUCGCUGUUUCUGGAAGGCUGGCAAACUUUCCUGGAGCAAGUCCAAGACUCGCCGAUUGACGAAACCGCGUAUCCUCAAUGUGGACCAAUCUUCAAUGCUCUGCCGUCCCACUCCCAUCGUCGGUGUAUCCUCAAAAUGCUCCAUCCCGACCCAGACAAGCGAUGCAGCAUUAAGGACGCCCUCCAGGAUCGGUGGGUGAAGGGUAUUGAUUGCUGUUCCCCCGAAGGCAUUGGAGCGACGUUGUCCAACGGGAUCGAUGUGUCGAAGACCGGAUGUGACAAGGUGGCGGCGAAAAUGAACGUCCAGGCCAAACACGAUCAUCUGCCACCCCCGGUCAAACGACUGCCUCAGCAUCGAUUCGAUAUGGGAGAUGGGACGUCACGAUAUGGUUGA